AAAGGCCCGGAAAAGCGACGCUAAAUUCCGCCAGAGUCCGGAGACGCGGCCGAGGAGGCGAGAGGGGCGUCGGACGCGGAAUAGAAAGUGCGAAAGGGAGGCGAGGGUUCCCGAGGGCUUCACGGGCGAUAAUGGCGGAAUAUGAAAACACUCGGCCGUUCUUACUGUCGCGGACGCUGUGAUGGUCGCUUGCCCACACGAUGGCCCUCUGAUCUCCGCUCGGAAGUGGAACGGAAAAGAAUUAUUUGUGAUUCGAGUGUCGGUGUUUGCCGUGCGUGAAGUGGAGAUGACGGAUAUGAUACCAUUCCUCAAAGAAUAACUGUUGGAGACGAUGGCGAGAGAGUGACAGUAAAGACGAAAUCCGCUGGGUGUCUGCUGCCGUGUCUGUGCGUCCACUGUAUUGUUAUGAGUACAAUAUUGCGUGUGGAAUCAUCGUUUGGGAUGUACCAAGGUCUGUUUACACUUAAAGUGCAUUCAUCAAGAUGACUGGCAGAUAUAGCCGAACAUACAGCCGUAAAAAAGCUGCUCCACCCCCUAUCAGCCAGUUUGACAAGCUAGUGACUGAGCCGGGUGGCAGCAGCACCAAGCCCUCGGCAACCAAGACUGCCGGACAUGUGGGGAAGUGGGGGAUUACGUCAUUCACAUCAAUCAGGAGCAUCAAUGGAGGCUUUGGCAAAGAUGACAGCAAUAAAAGGUCUCACCCAGAUGACUCCCCACCAUCGAGUAUUGCUGACGAUGCAUUCAGCUUUGAUGGUGGGAGCACAGCCAAUGGGGCAUCACUUCAGGUGAAACCUCCAAACUCCACAUACAGUAAACCCCGAAAGUUUUUCAAAAGUAGAAAUGUGGAUGCGGUGAGUGAGCCUGUCGCUGCAAAACCCAGUAUUAUAGAAAAGACUCGAGCCAAAGGAUACGAUGGGCUGAGUAACCUGAAAAUACCGCCCUUGUCCUCCUUUGAGACCCCAGACUCGAGUCAGGGGACAGUGAAAGACAGUGUUGAUUUGUCAGACCAAAGUGCUUUUGACAAACUUGUGACAAGUGGUGGAAACAAAUCAAACUUCACAGAGGCUCCAAGUGGCCAGAAAUCUAGUAGUGGGAUCAAGCUUAAGAUUUUCAAAAGUCGAAAUGUGGCCUCUUGUUCUCAGGAAACAUAUUCUAGCACCGUGGAGCUGCCCAGUGACGACUCCCGUGCAAACAGCGCCUCGACGAGUGUGGCCAGUUCUCCAUCCACAAAAGACUUGAGUGAAGAGAACCGAGAUUCGUCGGAGGAGCUCAUGCCCUCCAGCUCCCCGCCGGCAGAGUACAAAGAAUCCCAAGUCAGUUCAACAUCUCUCAUAUCACAACAGAAUGCUUACCAUUCUCCUGAAAGACUUGCCUCACCAGACAGGACAAUUAACUCGACUUACGAUUCUAGUUUUGAGUUCGCGGGGCUGGUGGACCAGAGAACUGGGUUGCCAGUUAUAGGUGAAGAUAGUGACUAUAGCUUUUCAGGUACCAAAUCAAACAGUGAAACUCCCCAGUUAGGCAGCAAAAGAACCUAUGGUACCAAAGUCUCAAAAUCUCGAGAACUGAACAAAUACAUGAGCAACAAAAUGGUCUCAUUGUCAGACAUUGAUACUCAACCUAAUACAUUGAGUGAAGUUUGUAGUGGUUCCUUAGCUGAUGAUUUUGAUAUAUUUGGUGUGGGAUCAAGUGACUUCACAGAACCACAGAAAACCCCUCCUCCAGUCACAGGGAGAGUGGACAGUCCCACUGUGUCUUCAGGGGGAGGUGGAGAGAGUGAUAACUUUGAUUUGUUUAGUACAGAUUUUGAUGAAAAUGAUAUUGAAGACCGGACCAAUAUUGAUUGUGGGACUGGGGUGUUGCCAGUCCAAAAAGACUCUCCUUCAAUGGGUGCCACACAGGAAAUGGAGGACUUGCUUUUCUCGUCUCAGGGUUCAUUAAUGACUUCGCAAUCGUCCGCCACUUCCUCCUGUGCAUCUUACAAGAGAAGUAAUUCCACCAAGUCUGAGCCUGAGGGUGUUAAGAAGCCAGAGCAGCCGCCACUGGUCAAGAAGCGCAGCAUCUUCAAGAGCCGUGAUGCUGACCGUGAUGCGAAGAAGAGAGCAACGUACAGACACAAGUGGCAUGACCAGGAGGAGAAGGAUGAUGCAGCUAAGGAGAAGCCGACUCUGCAGAGCAGUCAAAGUGUGACCUCAGCCGCAUCCUCCUUUGAUGACUUUGACUUUGACCCUCCAGCCACCCUCAAGAGAGUCCAGACAUGGCCUGGAUCCUCAUCAACUGCUGACAUGGAUGACUCCUAUGACAACCAAACAGUGACCAGUGUCAAAUGUGCAAAGAAUGCAAAACAAUAUUACACAGUUGUCAAGAAUGUGAAGAGAACGCAUCAGCUGCAAGAAUCUGGUGAGUUCCAGGAAUUCAAUGACGAUGUGGAAUACUUCCUUGAUGCCUUGCGUUCCUCCAUGCCUGUCUCCACCCGGUGCCUGGCUGCACUGAACCUGGCUCAGAAGUGUAUGGUGCCAGCCUUCAGGAUGCAUUUACGAGCUCAUGGCACUGUGAUCAAAUUCUUCAGUGCUCUCUCAGAUGCACACUCAGAUCACAGACUGGCCAUCUGUGCAGCUACUGUGAUGUUCACGCUGAGCCAAGACCGCCUCAACAUGGACCUGGACCGUGAUUCUCUGGAGCUGAUGCUGAAUCUGCUCGACACAGAUGCAGAUGCCUCCGACAAUACCCUCGUGGACAUGGCAGAAGUGGACCACAACAAAAAGAAGAUCCGUGAGCUGUGUCGUGACAUGCAAAAGAAAGGCCACGCAAAGCAUCUCAACCUGAAUAACAUCACUGCUGGCCACCUUGCGAUGGAAACGUUGCUGAGUCUGACCUCAAAGCGAGCAGGAGAGUGGUUCAAAGAAGAGCUGCGGGAGUUGGGUGGAGUUGAGCACUUGAUUCGCACCAUCACCCAUUGCACGCAGAUGUUCACCCCUGAUCUUGAGACCUGGACACACCCACUUCUUGAAAAGUUGUCGAAGGUUGACCGCUGCCUCAAAGUUAUAGAAAAUGUGACGCACCAGAACACAGCCAACCAAGAGUACCUCCUGACGUUCCAAGACGGCAUAUUCCCGGAGAAACUCAUGUACCUGUAUCGGCUGUGUCACGUAGAGGUGCCCCUGUACCCAGUCAGUGAUACAGAGAACCAGAAGACCAUGGUAGGUGGGAUGUCGACCGGCCAGUUGCUGGUGCAGACCCUGCUCACUACCAUCAAAGUCCUAAUAAACCUCACACACAACAGUGGAAAGGAAGCCAUGGGUAGCCGUCUUCUGGGCAAUGAGCAAGAGGUGUAUGAUGUUACACUUUAUUGCCUCCUGAUCAUGCCAAGAUACUUAGCACAUGACACCAGAUUCGAGAUCUUGAUCCUGGCCUGUUGUCUUCUGUUGAACCUGGUUGAGCAUAGUAAAUCAAAUCGCAACCUGCUGAUGAAAAGCAAGGCGCCGGAAUUCCUGGAUGAUGAUGAUAACGAUUGCUUUGGUGGCAAAGGAGAGAGGAAGGGGGCCAUGCAAGCUCUCGUAGAACUGUUCUACCGCUGUGAGGAAAGUGCCCGGCAGCAGGAGGCCCACACAGAUGACCUCAUUGACAAUGACUUGACAGAGAAGGCACAGAAGGAGGAUGAUAAAAAAGAUGAUGAAUUGGAAGAGACUGUGGCCAAGUUACUACAAAAGGCAGGCCAUCACAUGGAGGACACAUUGGUAGCUGCAUACACUGCCCUGCUUACAGGCUACUGCAUCAUGGAGGAUGAGGAGUGUGAGGCUGAGAUCCGUAGCAUGUUACCUGACGCCAACUUUAACCUGAUGGUUGUGGUACUGAAGAAAUUCCUCCACUUCAUGGACCUCACUGCCACGACAAGCCUCUUGAGAAGCCUGAAGCCCACCCAGCGCGUGGUCAAGUACAUGGAGAAGCUGGACCGCACGGAGCAGGACGAGGCAGAGGAGGAGAGAAAAAAGCAGGAACAGAAGGAAAUGGAGUUUGAUGCUUUUGGUUUUUAAGUUACACAAGAACUUCAGUAUGAAUUUCUGUCUCUGUAUAUAGGAAAGCGUCUUAAUACAGCGACUCUUUUUUAUUUUAUUUUCAUCUGUUUCAUUUUUAUUGUCAUGGAAAUGUGAUAAUUUAUAAGUUGUUCACAGUUUAUUUAUUUAUUUAUUUAUUGUUAUUUUUUAGUGUAGAUCACAGCACAACUGUGGUAGCAAACAAAAGAAAACAAAACCAUCAAAAUUCCUUAUAUUUUGGAGAGUACGAACAAUGACACAAUAUUCAGGAAAACUUAUAUAGAAAUGAGAGCCUCACAUGAGGGAGAUGACACUGCUUAUCCAGCUGGAAUUACCCUUUGCUCUUUGGGUCACGGCUGGUGGCAGGACAGUCGCUCCCUCUUCCUCUUCCUCCUGAUUCUUUUUUUUUAUUUUUUGUCUGCGGCGCCAAGAGUACAAUUUGCAUUUUUCUCCCAUGCAUCCAAUGGUAGCUUAGGGUAGGUAGUGCAAUAUUCUGCAGCAACCUCCACAUCAUUUGUAUUUUUUUCCCCUCUCUACCAUUCAACUCUUACUGGCCAACCAGAAAAAUAAUAAAUAAUAAUAUAAUAAUAAUAAUUAAAAACCAAAGAUGUCAGAGCACCUUGAGAAGCCUCCCGCUGGGCUCCACACUGCCCCCCCCCUCCCUUCCCCUCCCACCCUCCCCUGUCCCCCUCUUUCCCACCCACCUUGCCACUCCCUUCCCUACCCCUAACCCCUGACGGCACAGCAGGAGACCCCCGGGCAGCAUGCAUCAAGGAUACAGGACGGGAGAGAGGUGUAGCUUGUAGUGUUAUUCUAGUGUGUAGCCGAAGUGUAGUGUCUUUUACAGUUAAACAAAAAAAUACACAAAAAAUUUGAGAAUCCUGACAAUUGUAUGAUAGAUGACUAUUUUUUUGCCAAACUGUAUUUGAAGUUUCUGUAUUGAAGUCAGUAUCCACUCAUUCUCUGUCUAGCAGUGGUGGCUGAUUGAAUGCAUGUUUUUUUAUGUGAGUGCAUCAUAUAUUUUUUUCCUGUUUUUAUUAUUUUUUAAAACUUAAAUGUGUUACUUUUAUGUGCAGGACUUGGCAAAUCUUUACAUCCACAUGAUCAGAGGACAUUUUUUCACGUGUGGGGUAAAGGCAUGCGGACUCCUCUGGAAAUUUUUGUUUCUACCAGUGACCUGAUUUUAUUAGUGAUGAAGGGAGUGCAUUCAUGUCUUCACGAGGGUUAGUUUUUAUUUCUCAAACUUCGUAUGAGAGUGGAGAGUAUGCAUGCUGUUAUAAAUGUCUCAUACAUUUCCAGCAAAAAAAAAAAAAAAGAAAAGAAAAAAGAAUGCACCAAUUUUUUUCUUUUUCUUUUUUUCCCCCCCCCCUCUUUUCCUUCUAUUCUUUUUAUAUAAGUGAAGGGGUUCCCAGUGUUGAACCUUAGACCAUUUCCUCUUAUGUAGUAACCUCCCAGAGAUCUCAGAAUAUAAUAUUUUAUGUUGAUGAUUUCAUCUUGUCUUACUUUUUUUUUUUUUUUAUAUAGAUAUACAUAUUUUCCCCCUGCAUAACAUGAUAUUUAAUUCCCUCCCUUGUAAACUGAUGAAGAGUGAGAUUGUGGUAUCACAGUAGUUGUGUUCAUUCACAUAUGACGGGCAACACAUUCACAGAGCCAAUGUUUUGCUUAAUUUCUCUGUCUCCCAAUAUUUUUUUGAAUUUUUUUUUUUCUCUCUCUCUCUCUCCCUCAACUUUAAAAAGAGUAGUAUACACCAUGGGCAGUUGUUGUCUGCUAUUGUUUACAUGGCUGAGAUAAGGGAUCAUACUGAUCAUGUCCUUGGUGACCCAUUUGGUUGGAGUUGUAAGAAAGAAAGAAAGAAAGAUGGAAAAAAAGACAUUAGAUCUAGUUAAUCAAAAUGUCUAAAUAUGUUAUUCAGAUCUAGCCCAAAAUUUUCAGGAGUAUAAUUUCAGAUAAAAAAAAACACAAAACAAAAAAAAACAAAAACAAAGGGGCCAAGUCAGGCUUAAGAAAACAACUGGUGUUUGGGUUAUGUUUGGACACCUUGCCAAAGGGUCUCUUGAGGUUGUUCGUUUUCUACCAUUGGCCAAAGAUGAGAUAUACCUCCGUGUCAUUUGUGAACAAAAUCACAUAACUGACAUCCAAAGUUUGAAACAAUCAAAUAAUAUAAUACAUUUAUUAUUUUGCCAGAAACACUGUGGCUACAAGCUCAAUUCAGUUUUUAUUUAAUGUUUUUUUUUUUCUCUUAAUAUAGGAAGUCCUGUCUAAUUUGCACUUUUUCAGAGCUUUUUUCCACUUAUCAAAUUUCAUAACAUCUUUUUCUCAUCACCCAUUGAAAUUUACACAUGUUAGCUUUGUUACAACUGUUGCACAAAUAGAGUACUUGGUACCAUACAUUCCAUAGGAGCUGUUGAAGCAUUGCCUCACUACGAGGUAAUAAAUUGUAUGUGUAUUUGUGAUAGCGCACUCUUGCAACCAAACAUGUACCUAAGGCUCAACCACUGUGGUUCUGGCAGGAGCCUUUCUUUUCAUACUAUAAUUGCUCAGUGAAAUAUUGUAUGUGGGAAUCUGCUGGAUUGUAAUAGGAAUAUGCAAAGCUUAAAAAUAAUUGUUGAAGCAUGCCAAUUGAAGAGGCUUUUUUUUAAGUUAUUACAAUUUCUUUGUACUGUAUAGCAUGAAUCCACAUGAAAAUUUAGUUCAGCUUUCCCAGAUAGGAAUAUGACAUUGACGAAACACUUCAUCACAGUGAAAGAUGCAUCAGCCAUACCAAUAGCACAUCCCAUAUGUACCUAGAAUGUUUAAUUGGAAGGCCAGUGGGUAUUUUUGUUUACAAGUGGGAGAUGUUCAUCCAUUUUGCUUCCCCUCAGUAUGGAACCUAGAUUUGUUUACAUUAUAUAGAUAUAUACAUAGUAUUAAAUUGUCUUGUAUAUGUAAAUCCUUUAUAAAUUUGUAUCAGAUGCAUGUAAUACAAAUAAUUUAAUACUGUAGGUAAAAUUUGUUUUAUUCAAUUGAUCUUUCAUAGAAAUUUCGGGAAGUCUCCAUUUUUUCCUUUCAAAUGCAAUUAAUUGAAUGCAACUUUUAUUGCAUAACAGAAACAUUUCUAUUACAUCUAUUUUUACUAAGCAGAAAAUGGGCGGGAAAACCUCAAGAUUACAAAUUCAGAAAUAAAAGACUAGUGCAUAAAUGCAUUUAUGUCAUCCACAGAGCAAUAGAACUUUUUUUUUUUUUUCACUUUACCGAAUUAUGCUGAUACUUGUACUGUUCAGUAUGAAUUGUAUUAUGUGAUUAGAUCUCAACUACGGCAUGAUUCCGCAUACUACACACUUAAACUCGUACAUACUGUAUCAUACACAAAUUGAUGCAUUCCUACCCUUAGUAACAACUAUGUCCAAUACGUCUUGUUCAUUUUAGAUCCCCAAAUGAAUUUCUUCCUAUUUACGGUUUUGAUAUGCUCACAAUCUCUAGUUAAACGACACACAAAAGUUGCAUUAUAUGUGCACAUCAGGUAAAAAUGCUUAAGACAUACAAGGGGGUAAAAACAAAUCCACACGAUUGUAGAAGUAAAAUGUUUACACCCUUGCAGUCGAGCAAUGGACACAUUUCAGAAGAAGAGAAAAAAAAUAUAAAAUUGUUAUUGGAGUCAAGAAUUUUUUUAUAUUUUAUUUCUUUAUUCACUGUGACUGAUAGAUGCGAGUGGGAAAUGAAAAAAAUAAAUAAAUAAAAAAUACCACCUGUACUUUUCAAAAGGCCUUGAUAGGUAUGUGGGAGAAGCCAGACGCUUACGUUUGUCUGUGAAGGAAGUUAUUAUUCCAGAAUAAGGAUGUACAUUUUUUAAAGAAAGAUAUAUAAUUUUGUAUCAAUUUGCAUGAAGUGCUAAAACAAAAAAAAUUCCCUUUUUUUAAGUUAUUGCCUUUUUUGAGGAAACAUGUAUAAAUAUUUCCUUUACUCUCUCUAUCUCUCUAACUCACUCUCACUCUCUCUAUCCAAUGUAAAAAGAUUUUUUUAAGAAAGAAAAGUACUGACCGGUGUCACCUUAUACCCAGCAAAGACGGGGUGAAGCUCCCGAGGUAGGAAUUUAGUUUCUGAAGCAGUAACAGUGGGAGGGUUAUCUUGUGAUGAAUGGCCUUCCCGUUUUCUAUUUUGAGGGCUGAAGUAUUUAUUAUCAACUGUAAAAAGGAAGCCUCGCCCAUGUUUUGUGUACACAUGGGGAGGCAGGCUCUGUAAUGAAAUAUACAACUUAGACGUG